AGAUGACACGCCAUCUGUCCCGACUGUACAGCACUGCGGUGUGAAAGGUGCAACCGACAACCAAAAAAGAAAUAAAAAAGGAAAAAGAUUCACCUUCCUUCGCGGGAGCCCAACCAUAUGUAGGCGGACGCGCUCGAUCCGGCGGUGGACUGCCAUUUUCUCUUCUCCGUAAGAGAGAAACCAGAAAGGGAGAUCAUCAAAUCAAGCGAGAGAUGGAAACGGACGGCGGCGAGAUCUUCUGCCUGCCGGAAGAGUGCAUCUCGCACGUAAUCUCCCUGACGUCGCCUCUCGAUUCGUGCCGGUCGUCGGCGGUCUCCACCACCUUCCGCUCCGCCGCCUCGUCCGACACCGUGUGGGAGCACUUCCUGCCAUCCGAUUACAAAUCCAUCCUUUCUAGGGCCGUCCAUCCGGUGGAGUACUCGUCCAAGAGGGAGCUCUUCUUCCGCCUUUGCGAUCCCGUUCUCAUAGACGACGGCAAAAUGAGUUUCUCACUGGAGAAAUCGAGCGGCGCGAAGUGCUACAUGCUGUCUGCCAGACAGCUUUUUAUUGUAUGGGCGGAUACUCCCCAUUAUUGGAGAUGGCUUUGUCUACCCAAUUCCAGGUUUUCAGAGGUCGCUCAGCUGUUAUUAGUUUGGUGGUUGGAGAUUCGAGGCAAGAUUGAAAGCAGAAUGCUUACUCCUAAAACAACGUAUGGCGCCUAUCUCAUCUACAAAGUAGAUCAGACUGCUUCGCAAGGUCUUGACUUUCCAAAUCAGGAAACAACGGUGAAACUGGGAGCCCAGGUGUCCAAACAUACUGUGAGAAUAAGCCCUGAUGAUGCCGAGACACGAAGGAACAGACGUAUGUUUCGGCGUUUCCUGAACUGGCGUGGAAUGAUGUUGGUCCCGCUAGCUCAAGAUGCAGAAGAGAACAACAACAAUGGAGCUAGAGCCCCCCGGGCAAGGGCUGAUGGCUGGCUGGAGAUGGAGAUGGGGGAGUUUUACAAUGAUGAGGGUGAGGAUGGGGAUGUGGAAAUGAGUUUGAUGGAAGUGGAAGGAGGGAAUUGCAAGUCUGGACUCAUCAUCCAGGGUAUUGAGAUUAGGCCUAAAAACUAGGCGGAAGAGCUUUUAUGUGAUUAUUACGUUUGGGUUGUCAUUGUACAGGCAUUUUGAUUUGUAAGCCGUACAGGCAUUUGAGUUAUAAGCUGAAGGAGAUGAGUAAAUUAUAAAUUAGCCAAAAUAAAGCCUGCUUUCUAUGGCUUUGAGUGUGAACUGAUAAGCAAUGGGAACUUUCUGAUUCCUUUGAACUCCGUUAAUUUAUUUUCUGUUCAUUACAGUGGAGAA